AACAGCCCCCCGCAGUUCCAGCUGCCCAGCUACCAGGUCUCCAUUCCCGAGAACGAGCCGGCCGGCACGGCGGUCAUCGUGCUGCGGGCCCAGGACCCCGACGAGGGGGAAGCCGGCAGGCUGGCGUACUCCAUGGAGGCGCUCUUUGACGAGCGCUCCAACGACUACUUCUCCAUCGACACCGAGACAGGCAGUGUGGUCACUGCCCGCAGCCUGGACCGGGAGACGAAAGACACCCAUGUGCUGAAGGUGACCGCCUCCGACCACGGUUCCCCACGUCGCCGCUCGGCCACCACUUACCUGACAGUGACCGUGAGUGACACCAAUGACCACGAGCCAGUGUUUGAGCAGCCUGAGUAUCGGGAGAGCAUCCGAGAGAACCUGGAGGUGGGUUAUGAGGUGCUGACCAUUCGCGCCACCGAUGGAGAUGCCCCAGCCAACGCCAACAUGCUUUACCGCCUGCUGGAGCCAGGAGCUGGUGAUGGGGUCUUUGAGAUUGACCCACGUUCCGGGGUUGUGAGGACCCGAGCCCCAGUGGAUCGUGAGGAGGUCUCUGAGUACCACCUGGUGGUGGAAGCCAAUGACCAGGGCAAGGAUCCAGGACCACGCAGUGCCACGGCUAUGGUGCACAUCACUGUAGAGGAUGAGAAUGACAACUAUCCUCAGUUCAGUGAGAAGCGCUACCUGGUCCAGGUGCCAGAGGAUGCCCCAGUGAACAGCCAGAUACUGCAGGUACAGGCCACAGAUCGGGACCGGGGCAGCAAUGCCCAGGUGCACUACAGCAUUGUGAGUGGCAACCUGAAAGGCCAAUUCUAUAUUCACUCUUUCUCUGGCGCCAUCGACCUGAUUAACCCUCUGGAUUAUGAGACUAUUCGGGAGUACACACUCCGUAUCAAAGCCCAGGAUGGGGGCAGACCUCCUUUGAUUAACUCCAGUGGCAUGGUGUCAGUGCAGGUUGUGGACGUGAAUGACAAUGCCCCCAUCUUUGUGAGCACUCCAUUCCAGGCCACAGUGCUGGAGAAUGUUCCGCUGGGCUACUCAGUGCUGCACAUCCAGGCUGUGGAUGCUGACUCUGGAGAGAAUGCCCGCCUGGAGUACAAACUCAUAGAGAUGGCACCAUCCACUGGAGGUGCCCCUGUAGCAGGUGACUCUGCGUUCCCUUUUCAAAUCAACAACAGCACAGGAUGGAUCACUGUGGCUGCAGAGCUGGACCGAGAGACUGUGGAGAACUAUCACUUCGGGGUGGAGGCCAGGGAUCAUGGCAUACCAGUCAUGACCUCCUCAGCCAGUGUGUCCAUCACUGUCCUGGAUGUGAACGACAACAACCCCACCUUCACGGAAAAGGUGUAUCACCUCAGACUGAACGAGGAUGCAGCUGUGGGCAGUAGUGUCCUGACACUGACAGCAGUGGACAGGGACGUUAACAGUGUUGUGACUUACCAGAUCACCAGUGGCAACACCAGGAACCGUUUUGCCAUCACCAGUCAGAGUGGAGGGGGGCUGAUCACACUGGCCUUGCCCCUGGAUUACAAGCAAGAAAGGCAGUAUGUGCUCACAGUCACUGCCUCUGAUGGCACUCGCUUUGACACUGUCCAGGUCUUCAUCAAUGUCACAGAUGCCAACACACACCGCCCAGUCUUCCAGAGCUCCCACUACACAGUGAGCGUCAGCGAGGACAAACCCAUUGGCACCUCCAUUGUCACCAUCAGUGCCACUGAUGAAGACACGGGGGAGAAUGCAAGAAUCACUUACAUUUUGGACGAUAACAUCCCCCAGUUCCGCAUUGACCCUGACACAGGCACCAUCACCACCCUGAUGGAGCUGGACUAUGAGGACCAGGCCUCCUACACUUUGGCCAUUACAGCCCAUGACAAUGGCAUCCCACAGAAGUCGGACACCACGUAUGUUGAGAUCCUCAUCCUGGAUGCCAAUGACAAUGCACCCCGCUUCCUGCGCGACCGCUACCAAGGCUCGGUUUUUGAGGAUGUGCCGCUCUCCACCAGUGUCCUGCAGCUGUCUGCCACCGACCGUGACUCAGGCCUCAAUGGACGUCUCCUCUACACGUUCCAAGGUGGUGACGAUGGAGAUGGAGACUUCUACAUUGAACCGACUUCUGGAGUGAUACGCACACUGCGCAAGCUGGACCGUGAGAAUGUGGCUGUCUACAGCCUGCGGGCCUUUGCUGUGGACAGGGGUAGCCCACCACUGAAAGCCUCUGUGGAUAUUCAGGUGACUGUGCUGGACAUCAACGACAAUCCCCCUGUCUUUGAGAAGGAUGAAUUUGACAUCUUUGUGGAGGAGAAUAGCCCUGUGGGCUCUAUUGUAGCACGGAUCACUGCAGCUGAUCCUGACGAGGGGACCAAUGCACAGAUCAUGUACCAGAUUGUAGAGGGGAACAUCCCUGAGGUCUUCCAGCUAGACUUGCUCAAUGGAGACCUCACAGCCCUAAUGGACCUGGAUUAUGAGAGCCGGACAGAGUAUGUUAUUGUGGUGCAGGCCACUUCAGCCCCUCUUGUCAGCCGAGCAACAGUGCACAUCCGCCUCCUGGACCAGAAUGAUAACCCACCCGUGCUGCAGGACUUCCAGAUCCUCUUCAAUAACUAUGUAACCAACAAGUCCAACAGCUUUCCCUCUGGUGUGAUUGGCAAGAUCCCAGCUCACGAUCCCGAUGUAUCUGACAGUUUGGCUUACACCUUUGUGCAAGGCAAUGAAUUAAACUUGCUCCUUUUGGACUCUGCCACUGGGGAGCUCAAACUCAGUCGUGAUCUGGACAACAACAGACCCCUGGAAGCCCUUAUGAAAGUGUCAGUCUCAGAUGGUGUCCACAGUGUCACAGCGGUCUGCACCCUGCGUGUCACCAUCAUCACGGAUGACAUGCUCACCAACAGCAUCACAGUGAGGCUGGAGAACAUGUCCCAGGAGAGGUUCCUUUCUCCACUCCUGUCCCUGUUUGUAGAGGGGGUGGCAACUGUGCUCUCCACUGCCAAGGAUGGCAUCUUUGUUUUCAACAUCCAAAAUGACACAGAUGUAAGCUCCAAUAUCCUAAAUGUGACCUUCUCAGCCUUGCUCCCUGGUGGCAUUAGAAACAAGUUCUUCCCCUCUGAGGACCUGCAGGAGCAGAUCUACCUCAACAGGACCCUACUGACCAUGAUUUCCACACAGAGGGUGCUGCCCUUCGACGACAACAUCUGCUUGCGUGAGCCCUGUGAGAAUUACAUGAAGUGUGUCUCUGUCCUGAAGUUUGACAGCUCGGCCCCGUUCAUCAGCUCCAACACUGUCCUGUUCCGCCCCAUCCACCCCAUCAACGGGCUGCGGUGCCGAUGCCCCCCGGGCUUCACGGGGGACUACUGUGAGACGGAAAUUGACCUCUGCUACUCCAACCCUUGCGGGAGCAAUGGGCUUUGUCGAAGCCGAGAAGGGGGCUACACUUGUGAAUGCUAUGAGGACUACACUGUGCCUCAGAGGAGAAUACCUGGUUGCCUUACCUUGCAGUUUCUGUAUGGCAUUACUGAGAGAAAGCUUGUUGAGGGUGGUUCCAUCCCAGUGAAGGUCUGUAUAGCACUGGAGGUCACAUAGAAGCAGUUGGUGACUAGACAAGUCUAAAGUGGCUGAGGAAGGGCCAUUCCUGGGCUGCCCAUGGCUGGCAACCUGGGGGAGAUCCCCGUGAAAGACAUUUCUUUCCUGACAUGGAUUCUCAGCAGAAGUCUGCAUGCCCACUCAGCUGCUGGUUUUAACUCUCAGAUUUACUGUGCGUGUUAAAACAGGUCCUUGUUUAUUUUUGAGGCAAGGCUUGAUGUUAAUGCGUGCAGAGAU